GAUUCAUCAUCCAAGUCUAGAACGAGACAGAAACUCAAAGAUAUCUCAAACGGCGAUACUGAAACAAUGGGUGUAGAUCCGUUCUUUCAAAAUCAACAUGGAACAACUCUUAAAAAAAGACGAUUAAAUGAACUAUCACAUGAUAAUAUAGCUGCAAUUGAUUGUUCGGAAUCAUCAAUUCAUGACAAAAAAUUAAUGAUUAAAAAUGGAAUUUUGUGUUUUAAGCAAAGUCAAGAUCAAAAACUAUAUGCUUCAGGUAUGAAUCAUGAACUGUUAGACGCACAUUAUAUUGGCGAGUUUCAAUAUGUAUUUUUUGAGUUUCGUGGGCUGAAG